AAAGCUUCCGUUAUCCCAUGACAAACGGAUGCGAACAGAGAGAGCGCGCGCGUGACAGCGAACGGUACAGAGAAGCGGAGAGAUAAUCGUUUUUAUUAUGAGAAAAGAGGACGGGGCUGUCGGAGCCGUAUUUGUUUUGCUCGCGGAGAUGAGGCGGGGGGUAGCGAGUCGCUACAAAAUCGUUGGGCUCCGGCCAAGCAUUGUUCUCUUUUAGCACACAUAUAUACCCGUUUCCAUCGACCACAGACGCUUUUAAUCGUUACGGUUUGCAUCACAUCAAAAUAAUGCAGCUGUCUCGAGGACAUCUGUGAGAUUUGCGGACUGCUGGUACCGCUGCCAUGACAGACGCAGGCUUUACGGCUCAACCGGUUACCGAGCAGGCGGUGUAAGGGAAGCCCGGCCCCAGCUGCAGCAGCACGGCGGAUGUGGGCUGCCUUUAAAGGGGAUAUUAAAUCUGUAAAUACAGUUCGCGUUAUUCAUCGCUAAUCGUUUGCAAUCUCAGGGAAAAUGUCCUCUCGGUCUGCUUUACCGUCUGCGAACGACCGGAGCACAGAUCAUCAUGCGUCUCUGGUCUCGAGUCGUUCAGAAAAAGGGACAAAUGUGUCAAGUCGUUCACUGGGCGCAAGGUGUCGUAACUCCAUGGCCUCUUGCUCAGAAGAGCUGCCACAUAUUGGAAACUAUCGCCUCCUUAAAACCAUUGGCAAGGGAAACUUUGCUAAAGUCAAACUAGCACGCCACAUCCUCACAGGCAAAGAGGUUGCAAUAAAGAUUAUUGACAAAACUCAGUUGAACCCAACCAGUCUACAAAAGCUGUUCAGAGAGGUGAGAAUUAUGAAGACACUUCACCACCCUAACAUAGUGCAACUUUUUGAGGUUAUUGAAACCGAGAAGACGCUUUAUCUUAUAAUGGAAUAUGCAAGUGGAGGUGAGGUAUUUGAUUACCUGGUGACUCAUGGGAGAAUGAAGGAGAUUGAGGCUAGAGCCAAAUUCAGACAGAUUGUUUCAGCUGUUCAUUACUGUCACCAGAAGAAUAUAGUUCACAGAGAUCUAAAGGCUGAGAAUUUGCUGCUGGAUGCAGAUUCUAAUAUAAAGAUUGCUGACUUCGGCUUUAGUAAUGAGUUUACAUUGGGGAAUAAGUUGGACACGUUCUGCGGUUCCCCGCCUUACGCAGCUCCAGAGCUCUUUCAAGGCAAGAAGUAUGAUGGUCCAGAGGUGGAUAUCUGGAGCCUAGGGGUCAUCCUGUACACAUUGGUCAGCGGGUCUCUGCCUUUUGAUGGCCAAAACCUCAAGGAGCUGCGUGAGCGUGUUUUGAGGGGAAAGUAUCGCGUGCCCUUCUACAUGUCCACAGACUGUGAGGGGAUUCUGCGCAGGUUUCUUGUCCUCAAUCCCACCAAACGUUGCACUCUAGAGCAAGUGAUGAAGGACAAGUGGAUGAAUGCAGGGUAUGAUGCUGAUGAGCUAAAGCCUCACAUUGAGCCAGUGGAGGACUACAGUGAUGCCAACCGCAUUGAGAUUAUGGUCGGGAUGGGUUUUACCACAGAAGAGAUUAAGGACUCUUUACUCAAUCAAAAAUAUAAUGAAGUCACGGCUACGUAUCUGUUGUUGGGCCUAAAAACAGAGGAUGGUGCUGAGUCUCGAGUGAGUGGCAGUAUGACAUUGCCACGGGUGCGCCCAAGCCCAAUUACCAACGGAACCAACAAGCACCCCUCUUCUUCAUCAUCUUCCUCCACCUCACACAGCAAGACUCAGCGCAGCGCCUCUACCUAUCAUCGUCAGAGACGGCACAGUGACUUCUGUGGUCCCAGCAUGCCUGUUAUGCACCCUAAGCGCAGCCCGACCAGCGGCGGAGAUCGCGAGUUGCGCGAGAGUCGCAUGCCACCUCGGAAGGCCAGCUGCAGUGUAAUGGGCAGUCGGACGCUCCCCCCAUCCAGCCCGAUGGUCAGCACCGCUAACAACCCCAACAAGGCGGAGAUACCUGACCGGCGCAAGGAGAUGACGGCCACCACUAAUAAUAUCCCAGGAAGUACUAUGACCCGCAGGAACACCUACGUAUGUACAGAUCGUUCUAGCACUGACCGCCACUCGCUGCUUCAAAACGGCAAAGACAACAGCUCUCUGUCUCACCGCCUCCCGCCAACCUCUCCCUCCACCCUCAGUAUUGUCGGAGCAGGAGCCUCCUCAUCCUCUUCCUCAGGCGAGCGCUGUCGGCUGACACGUGGAUCCACAAUCCGAAGCACCUUCCAUGGAGGUCAGCUCCGUGAUCGCGUGCCACCCACGUAUGGACCGCCACCCACAUCACCCACUCUCAGCCAUGAUGCUGGAGCCUUGCCAUCCAACGCCCGCAGCCGGGCCACUUCUAACCUGUUCACCAAACUCACCUCCAAACUCACACGCAGGGUCAAUCUUGACCCCUCUAAACGCCAGGGCUCUAAUAAAUCAGUGUCGGGUUGCACUCUUCCACAGGGAUCCAAAACAGUUAGGUCACAAAUGAAUCUGAGGGAAUCUGCAGAUAUUCGGUCACAAGGUGAGCAUUUUGGCCAUUUAUUUGGGGAUCAAAAAGCGUCCCAGCCCUGGGCCGGGGGAGGGGGGUGGGAUUUAAGGAGUCAUCUCUCCCGUCCCCCCCGGGCCCCUGCAGAAGUGGUACUGGCCUUGCGUGAGGCAGCGAGGGGGUGUGGCUGCCAGGUCCGGCACGCCGGCCCGUUUCUGCUGUGCUGCAGUCAUGGGGCGGCAGGGUCAAAGGUCGCCUUCCAAGCUGAGGUGUGCCAGCUGAGCAUGGGUCCUGCAGAGGCAAACGGAGUACGCUACACACGCUUGUGGGGGGCUCCCCUCGCCUUCAGGCACAUCGCUUCGCAGAUCUCUAGAGAGGUGGAGCUUUGAGGGGAUGGGGGAGGAAAUUCGACUUGGAUACGCCCCCGCACUAUAUCUAUAGCGAACUGACUUUGACCUGCCCACCUAUGUGUUAUAGACUUAAAACAACAUGUGCUCCCUCCUCCGGUCAACAGUGAAAUUGUUAAGACACACAUUUACGUAAGCAAACACAGUCACUUGAAAGGCACGGACCAUCUAAACGACAAAAACAAGCACACCCCCUUAACAAGAACACACACACACAUACACCCACACUGAGAGCAGCCUCAUUCACUGGAUCCAGAUUGAAUCCAGUUUAGUAUUUUUAUUCUCAUUGUAGUCAUGAAAUUCUUCAAUAAUUGAUGUCAUAUUCUUUUUUUAACCACUUUUGUAUGUUUUCAAGCAGUCUCGACAUUUUAAACGGGUCAUCGUCGUUUUUUUAUGUUUUGUGAUUAAUGUGUCUUACAUUUGUUAACACACAACUUAUCGAAUCUUUGAAAAAAUGUAGAACUGUAGCUGCCAAUGAACUAUAUGCACAAAUAUGAAGUUGGCAAACAUCAUCAUAGCUCACCUAAAUUUGCCGGUGUCCACAGAUUUGAUGAGGCUAGACGCCGAUCCAUCACAGACUCAUAGUGGGACACGCUACACCUUGUUCUUGAGUUCGCGAAUUUUUCCUCCCUAGAAAAUGUGUUUUCUGAAGUAUAGUGCCAGUUUACUUAUUACCUUGAAAUGAUUUAUUAUUCAGAUAUAGAAAAGAGACAUGUAAUGCCAAAUGACUUGACCCUUCUCAAACAGGCUUUGUGAUUGGUUGAUACCUCUUUACUUGUUGACAGUUGACAUCUUUUUGAUUAGGUAUAUACGGGGUUGAGCUUGCAGCAUGUUUGAUUGUGUAAAGUAAGGAAGAUUCGGCUCUAAGCAAUCACUGUUAUUAAAGACGUACCUCCUGCAUUGUGGAUAUCUAAAUAAAACUUUCACAUAUUAUUCAAAUGUCAAACAAAUCCAAACCAGAAUUUCUAUUGUGUAUGUGCACUAUUUAA